GAGCCGCCUUUCCCUGAGGCCGCGCCCAGAAAGGGGCGAGGUGCCGGUCCAGGAUGCCGGAGUGAGUUUCUGAGGUCUGUGGGUUAGAUGCUGGUGUUUCGGUAGGCAGCCUUGCUUUAAUUCCACGGGGAGAAGGGAUCUCACGAGGAUGAUUCAACUUGGGCCAAGAGAAAGCACGGACCGGCCCCGGAGCUUCCUCACUUUCGAUUAUUGUAAAGGGCUGGUUUCGGUCUCGGUCUCUGAGACAAUAAGUUGUUUCUUUUGGAGUUUUUUCCCUUCUGCACUGUGCGCCUUGAGCCCUCCUCAAGGUGGGAUUGACAGAGUUUGGCUUCUUGCUGGGUCUGUUGGUUGCUAACCAUUUUGCUGAGGUAUCCACAGGAUAUUAAAGUGCAGCGAUUACUGUAGAUUUGGUGUUUACAUAGAGAGAGGCAAAUCGGGAGUAUACUGUUCUAUCCACUGGAGAUUGCUUCUAGAAGAAGCUUCUCUGAGACCACGCAAAAUUAUUGUUUUUCCCCAGAUCUCAUAGUUCUGAGAGAAGCUGUUUUAAAAUGAUAGGCUUGUAGACCCCCCUGCAAAGCUGCUGUUUUCUAUGCAGCACUUGGGUUCCCCAUUUUCCAGGUACCCAAGUUGCAUCGUAUUACAGGAGCUGUCACUCCAUGCAAGGACACAGCGAGUUGUACUUUUUCAUUUGACAUUGUCUUAGUCAAUCCCCAUAGUUACAAUUUGUUAACAAAUCAAUGCAAAUUUGCCUCUUCUUAGGCUGUCUGAAGCCUACCUGACUGUAAACCUGCCUCUGAGUCAUAUCUUGCUGUCUUCAAGCUUUUGCCUCAAGUUUCUUUGAUGUAGUAUUAGGCCUUUAGGUAGGACAGCUUCACCCAGAAAGGCUGCUAGUCUUGUGACUCAAUAUACUUGAAUACAAGGCAAGUUGUUUUAAGCUCUUUCACCUCUUAUUGCUCAGGUUUGUGUAUACACAGGCUUUAUCUCUGAAAUCUUGCCAGAAGUGGAAUCUCAGUUAUGUUGUGUUUUCUGAUAAGCUGUGGGAGGGAGGGAACUGACUGAUGGGUGUUGUGGGGGAUUUUUUGUUUUGAGAUUUUUUUUUUUAAUGUCUGCUUAAAUCCCAGCUGGAAAUACAGCAUUUAUCCUCAGAACACAGCUAGGAGAAAACACCAAGGCUAAUUUUAGCUUUUCAAGAAUUUGGAUUGGUGGGACAUCUAACCUGUGAAAUUACUAUUACAAGGGCAAGUGAGCGAUAGAAACCACCUUCUAAAAGAAGCAGAGAUAUUACACAAAGCCAGGUUUAGUUACAUUCUGCCAAUUUUGGGAAUCUGCAACGAGCCAGAAUUUCUGGGGAUAGUAACAGAAUACAUGACCAAUGGGUCAUUAAACCAGCUAUUGCAUGGGAAGGAUGUAUAUCCUGACAUUCCCUGGUGCCUGAGAUUCCGCAUUCUUUAUGAAAUUGCUUUGGGAGUGAACUAUUUGCACAACAUGAAUCCUCCAUUGCUGCACCAUGACUUAAAAACACAGAACAUUUUGCUGGAUGAUGAGCUUCAUGUCAAGAUUGCAGAUUUUGGCAUGUCCAAAUGGCGUGUCAUAUCCACAUCCCAGUCCCGAAGCGAGUCCUCCUUGCCGGAAGGAGGGACAAUUGUCUACAUGCCACCUGAGGAUUACAACCCCAGUCUGAAAACCCGGGCAAGUGUGAAACAUGACAUCUACAGCUAUGCAGUUAUCAUAUGGGAAGUGAUGUCAAGGAAACAGCCAUUUGAAGAAGUUAUAAACCCCUUGCAGAUAAUGUACAGCGUGUCACAAGGACAGCGACUAGACUUGAGUGAGGGAAGUCUAUCAAUGGACAUUCCUCAUCGAGGGCUGAUCAUAAGGCUGAUGGAAAGUGGAUGGGCACAAAACCCAGAUGAAAGACCAUCCUUCUUAAAAUGUUUAAUAGACCUGGAACCAGUUCUGCGAACAUUUGAUGAAAUAGCUAUGCUGGAAGCAGUACUUCUCUUAAAGAGAUCAAAGUCACUAUAUGAAUCACAAAGUAUUUACAAGAGUGGAAAGAAAGGAAAUGUGGAGCAGAUACCUCUAAAUAUACCUCUGAAUCCUGAAAAGCCAACAUAUUCUAGCUCCAUAGAGUGUGAUCCACUUCCCCUUCGGAGCAUCCCUCCAGAUACAUCAAAAUUCAAGUCUAUUCCCCAGUGUAAUAUCCUCUCAUCAGAUGGAAAUUCUGGAUGUCUACACUCUCUUAGCAGCCAGAGCACAGAUGAAAAUCUGUCUGUAACUCAGAGUGCCAAACUGCUUGUGCAUCCAUACAGUGCUGGUCUCUCACCUGCCAGGGGUAUUUCAGAUGCCCCAAGUUCUGCAUCCCAUGUGCUGCGGUCAUCGCCGAUUCCUCCAGAUUUUGUAUUGGAAACCAUGCAAAAGAAUGUAGCUCAUCAGUGGAUCCAAAGUAAAAGAGAAGAAAUUAUUGAUCAGAUGACUGAAGCAUGUUUGAAUCAAUCACUGGAUGCUCUUCUAUCAAGAUUUUUACUCAUGAAAGAAGAUUAUGAACUUAUAAGCACCAAACCUACAAGGACAUCAAAAGUACGACAACUGCUUGAUACUUCAGACAGCCAAGGAGAGGAAUUUGCCAGAAUUAUAGUACAGAAGUUGAAAGAUAACAAACAGCUAGGACUUCAGCCUUAUCCAGAUAUUGUAUCUAAUUCUCAAAGACUGCAUCUUUAAAUUUAUUCUUUCUUUAUGAAACCAUGUGAAUAUUUCUUACAACAUGAUUCUUGUUUCUAAUAUGGUAUUUUAUUUAUGUUUAGCUUUGUCUUUGCUGUGCCUUUGUAAGAGUAUCAGAAAUGACCCUGAGUUCUUCUAGCCUGCAUCUGGUCAGUAAUCAAUUAAUAAUUUGAAGUGCAAUCAUAAAACCAAACACUUGACAGUUGCUGACUCAUUUUGUAAAAGUAUUUUGUUUAUACAUGACAAAGAAAAACAUUAAAGGUUCACCAUUUUACAUAUUUGCUGUUUAUACACAUCCUUUUCUUUCAUCUCACAGGAUUGAGGCAUGUAAUCUUAACAUUUUUUUCUCAUUCCAUCUGCUCUUUCUCACAGAGGAGGAAAAAAAACACCUAGGUGCUCUUUUCCAGGGCUGUUGGAAACAUUCAUGGCAUUUUGUUGCCAGAGCAAGUGCCUCAGACCACAGCAUAAGAAGAAUUUUAGUCCAAAGAGGAGCCCAAGGGGAAGGAGGAUGUUGUGCUUGUCAUCUUUGUUCUGCUCAGGAGUGAUAUAAGAGAAAGGCUGCAGCUAUAGCAUUUUGCAUUGUUUGGUUAUAAACACUUCAGCUAUUCUUGAAAUCAUUGUAGGAUGAGAUCCAGGAAGAACUUACAUAAGGGCAUCCUCACUUAAUACCUUUUAACAUUUCCUUGGUCAUCUGCCUUGCCUUUGUCACCUGCCAUCUUACCACCCCUUACCUUUGUCAUCUGCCAUAAAUACUUCUCAUGUCAUGUUGCUAGAUCAAACUUCUAACUCAAUUUUAUGUUUGGUAUUUACAUGAUGAGCUGCAUAAGUAGUUGGGUCUUUACAAAGAUCAAUCAUAUCCUGCCCUGCCAUGCUGGAAGUAAUGUGCAGGGGUCUCUUCCGCUAUCACCUGCCUUAACCUCCUCUAGAUCACAUCUCUGCUGUCCUUUUUGUCUGAAGGAUAGGAACAUGUUGAGGCACAGGUGAGGCCACCCAAGAGGAAAAGGUAUGUGGUAUUUCUUCAGUUACUUUCACAAGACCUUAGUGACUUUAUCUAGAUGACUUCAAAACUAGUAAAAAAUUACUGGUUUUAAUUUGUCAGAACACAGCACAGGCAGAUUAUUUUUGCAAGCACUAAUAAAUAAGUACAAUUUCUGCUCAGGCUAUUUAAAAUUUGGGAAAAUACAAUCUCCACAUACAAGAAUGGUGAAAUAUACCUAAAUUACAAUAUAAAAAGGAGCAGAUAAAUGAAAAAUCCUAAGGGAUGGUUGUUUCAAAACCUAUGGCGAUGUAAGACCUGCCCCAUUUCAAUGAUUCAAGCUUCAGUGUCAUUAGUGGUUGCCAACAGCUUACUUUUUUCAAUAUCUUUAUGAUUUUGUGAACUGAAUCACAAGAAUACAAUGUAUAGUUUGUUGGAUAGGAGAGGUUUAAUUUUUUUUUUAAAUAAAGAAAGAUUUUGACAUAAA